AUGCACCCCCACCCUGCUUCCAAGUCCAUUAACUUUCCUUCCUUCCUGCAGUUUUCCAUCCGACCGACUUUACUAUGCUAUCUGUUUUCGGAUAUUGUCCUUGAUCUUGGAAUUCCUAGCUUUUUUUUCCGGGCCUGCCCAUUUGAUUUUCUUCGUUUAUCUUUAAAUGUUCUUCUUUUAGUUCUUUCUUCUUUUUCCUUCGUUUCUUUGUUCCUUCCAUCUUGCAUAUCAAACGACUUUCCUUCCCGCUUUCUAGGCUGCAUAUUUUACUGUCAGCCGCCUUUCCUUCCUUCCUUGUUUACUUCCUUCAUUCAAUGCCUUCCUACUUUCCUUGCCCCUCCCUCCUUUCCUUCCUUGCUUGCUUACUUCCUUUAUUGCCUUCUUUCCUUACUUUCCUUCCUUCCUACAUUGUCGUCCUUUUCCUCACUUCCUUCCCUCCUUCCUACCUUCCUUGACUUCCUUCAAUGCCUUCCUACUUUCCUUGCCCCUCCCUCCUUUCCUUCCUUGCUUGCUUACUUCCUUUAUUGCCUUCUUUCCUUACUUUCCUUCCUUCCUACAUUGUCGUCCUUUCCUCACUUCCUUCCCUCCUUCCUACCUUCCUUGACUUCCUUCAAUGCCUUCCUACUUUCCUUGCCCCUCCCUCCUUUCCUUCCUUGCUUGCUUACUUCCUUUAUUGCCUUCUUUUCUUACUUUCCUUCCUUCCUACAUUGCCGUCCUUUCCUCACUUCCUGCCCUCCUUCCUACCUUCCUUGA